GUGAAGCAGUUUCCGAACUGCAAUGACUACUUUCGCAGCGAAUCAGUUUCACCGGCCGAAUGGGCAUCGCACAGUCACGCUUACUACGUCUUCGAUCUUCAUGUGAUAACAGCGGUACAAACGUGCUUACCAUUUUUUGUGUUACUCAUUCUGAAUCUGAUCAUAGUACAUCGUUUGGUGGUUCAAAAAAAGAAACAUAAGAAAGCUGUCCUGAAACCGCGCCUCUCUGGUGUCGCUGUGAACAAGAAUCUAUUAGACGCACAAGGAACGUUCACAGAAAACUACUUACGGAAUGCUAUCUACACUAUGCUGGCAAUUGUGAUGUCAUAUCUGGUCUGUAACGGAGUGCACCUAUUCUUAACGUUCUUAGAAAGGACGGACAACGUGUUUUCACUUCUCUAUGAUUCGGACGAUCCAAAUCAAUCUAGUAACUUUUAUAUCGCCCUUUCUGACACGGUCAGCAUUUGUUACAUGGUGUCGUCGGCAAUUCGGAUUCUAAUCUACACCAAGUGCAACACAAAGCUACGACAUGAGAUCCGGAAUUUCCUACGUAACCAGAAGAACUUGCCUACAGAAAACGACGACUGCUGA